AUGAGUGGUGCACAGCCAUCAGUCAUCGUUGUUCGCUCAUUCGUUCCUGCAAGUAACUUUGCGACAGAUACUGAAACAUGCACGAGUCGUGCGACUGAUGCUGAAACAUGCACGAGUCGUGCGACUGAUGCUGAAACAUGCACGAGUCGUGCGACUGAUACUGAAACAUGCACGAGUCGUGCGACUGAUGCUGAAACAUGCACGAGUCGUGCGACUGAUACUGAAACAUGCACGAGUCGUGCGACUGAUGCUGAAACAUGCACGAGUCGUGCGACUGAUGCUGAAACAUGCACGAGUCGUGCGACCAUGCCGCACAGGUGCACAGUGCUGUUCUCACCUGAGAUGUUCGCUUCCUUCUCACAGAUCAAUCCAACAACUGAUGAGAAUGAGUCGGUUUCACUUCCUAAUUGGAGUAAACAUUCCUCUGAUUACGACCAAUUAAUUAGUAUGGUUGAAUUUGAGAAGAGCUUGCGACUAGCAACAAUGAGAAAUGCGACAAGCGACAAUGACACUCAUCUGAGAGACGACUAUGAAUCAAUUAAACUUAAUUCGACAAUGUCGCAUUAUAAAUCAUUCUAUACAUUGAAUGAUAAGGAAGUUGUCGAUAUAACUGAUCAAGUUUAUUCUAAUGUUUCAAUUGAGAGUAUUCGAAAUAUUUCGGAACAGCAAUUCCGUAAUUUUUUAAAAGGAAUACUUCAAAGGCAUUUGGAAUUAGCACGAAGGAAAAUUGCUUAUCCAAAUAUUUUUGCUACAACUAAUAAUUAUGUUUAUCAAAAUAAUAGAAUAGGCUGCCAGAUGGUUUGUCAAUUUAUCUCAUUUUGCAUCAUAGUUAGUGGCAUUUGUUUAUUGUGGACAUGUACCUGUUGUACACAAUCAAGGAGUGUCGAUGACAGCGAUGAGAGCCUUUGUGGCGUUAAUCCAACCAGUGUUCCAGCCCCGAUUGAUUAUAGUAAGCCAUAUAUGAUCAAAUGUGACUCACAAGGCUCUUGCUAUGCUAGUCCACUGAACGAUGAUGAAGUACCGCCGUUGCCAAGCUACAAUAAAGCGCUCAGUUGUCCAACCCAUCCAUUUCCAAAAAUUCAAGAAUUAUCUAAAUCAGAUUGUGUCUGA